AUGCAGGCGGGGCCAAGGGCGAGGCAACUGAGGGCACUGCGGCCUCUGGAGGAUGUGACUGUCAACGAGGGGGGCAGCGCCACUUUCCUGAUGGAGCUGUCCCAGGAGGGCGUGGCCGGGGAGUGGGCCCGGGGUGGAGUCCGGCUGCAUCCGGGGCCCAAGUGCCACAUUCACGCAGAGGGCCACACCCACCGCCUGGAACUCAGCGGCCUGGGCUGUGCCGACGCCGGCUGCGUCUCCUUCACCGCAGAUUCCUUGCGCUGUGCAGCCAGACUCACCGUGAGAGAGGCCCCAGUGACCAUUGUGCGGGGGCCACAGGACCUAGAGGUGACAGAGGGAGACACAGCUACAUUCGAAUGUGAGCUUUCCCAGGCCUUGGCUGAUGUCACCUGGGAGAAGGGCCGCGGCCCCCGUUGCACCGCCGGACUCGCCCCCCACCCUCCAUUCCCUCCGCUAGGAUGGGCGCGCGCUCGCCCCCAGCCCUCAGGUCAGGCUCCAGGCCCUCGGCACGCGCCGCCUUCUGCAGCUGCGGCACUGCGACCCAUUGGACGCCGGGACCUACAGCUGCGUGAGCGCACAGUGUCUGUCCUCUCCGAGCUCCGGUCGGUGCGCUCUCGGGAAGGCGACAGCGCCACAUUCCAGUGCACGGUGUCGGAGGCCGAGACCACGGGGAGCUGGCAGCUCGGAGGCCGUCCGCUGAAACAGGGAGGCCGCGUCCGCAUCCGACAGGAAGGGAAGAAACACCUUCUGGUGCUGAGCGAGCUGCGCGCCGAGGACGCGGGUGAAGUUCGCUUCCAGGCCGGACCCGCCCAGUCUGCGGCUCAGCUGGAGGUGGAGGCACUGCCUCUCCAGAUGUGCCGCCGGCCCCCUCGCGAGAAGACAGUUCUGGUGGGCCGUCGGGCUGUGCUGGAGGUGACUGUGUCCCGUUCGGGGGGCCAUGUGUGCUGGCUGCGGGAAGGGGUCGAGCUGUGCCCGGGAGACAAGUAUGAGCUGCGCAGCCACGGCCCCACCCACAGCCUGGUCAUCCAUGACGUGCGACCUGAGGACCAAGGCACCUACUGCUGCCAGGCCGGCCAGGACAGCGCCCACACUCGGCUGCUGGUGGAGGCUAGGAAGACCGAACCGGGCCAGGCGGGUGUCCUCGGACAGCUUGGAAGGCACAUGCCCUUACCCAGAGGACAGGGGACCCGGGUGAGGGGUGCUACAGUUUGCCCCGUAGAUGAGAACGAGAACCCUUAG